UGAUGGUAAUUGAUAGUAAUUGUGAUAUUCAUAUUAUUUUAAUCAUUUGCAAAUCGAAUACGACGAUGUUAUAUUUAAUGUUAUUGUAUAUUAUACGAUUUGUAUUAUAUAAAUUACAUUAGUCAAAAGAGUAUUGAAGAUUUAUACAAAGUCAAGUAUCAACGAUUAAUCUUACAUAAUGUCAGCUUGAAAACUGUUGCAUCAGAAAAAUAUUGAGUAUAUUACUCAUAAAAUGCUGCCGUACAAACAGUUGUCUGCAACGAGUCGUGUAAUAUCACUCGCUGAGUAUCAUUUUAUCGAAUGUUCGUGAAGAAAUUGUAAAUCGAUUUUUCAAUAAAAUCGAAGAUUUGCUAUGGAAUACUGGUCGAUAUUGCUAUCGAUAGUGAUCGGUGUGAUCAGCAUUUAUUAUCUUUUUAAAAAUUUUAAUUUCUUUAAACGACAUGGUCUUAUUCAUAUGCCGGUUGUUCCAAUACUCGGUUCCAUGUCAUCGAUUAUAUUUCGCCAAAUAGCAUUCGUCGAUUCAAUCGUGAAGAUGUACAAUUUCAAUCCGAAUGCAAAAUAUUAUGGAUUCUAUGCCACGACAACUCCGACGUUCUUGCUUCGCGAUCCAGAACUCAUUAAGAGCGUUCUCGUUAAGGAUUUCGAGGCAUUUCCUAAUCGUCGUGGUUUCAGUUCGGCCGAUCCUUUACUCGGAAAAAAUUUGUUUUCCCUUCAUGGAGAAAAAUGGCGGAACGUGAGGACUUUGUUGAGCCCUUCUUUUACAUUGAGCAAGAUGAAAAUGAUGUUCUCACUGAUGUCAGAUUGUGCUGUGGAGUUUGCUGAAUUUCUGUCAACAUUAUCAGCGGAUAGAAGCGAGAUAGAUAUGAAAGAUGCCUUCACUAAAUAUACGAACGAUGUCAUCGCCACGUGUGCGUACGGAAUCAAGAUCAAUACUAUGAAGGAUCCGACAAACAAAUUCUACGUUUACGGCAAGGAAGCGACUAGCUUCAUAGGGUCUCGCUCUUUAAAGUUUCUUUUUCUUCGAUCUUUCCCGGCUCUCAGUCAAAUUCUCAAUAUAAAGCUUAUAAGCGAUCACGUGGCGAACUUCUUUAAGGAUACUAUAAUGACUACGAUUGCCACUCGUGACACCGAGCACAUUACACGCCCGGAUAUGUUGCAGUUAAUGAUGGACAUUAGAGGUAAAGAAGGCCGUCGACAACUGGACAUCGAUGAAAUGACCGCGCAAGCGUUCAUCUUUUUCUUCGGCGGCUUCGAUACCAGUUCCACCGCGAUGUCCUUCGCAGCUCACGAAAUCGCAGUUAAUCCAGAAGUUCAGAAAAAGUUACAACAAGAGAUCGACAAGGUUUUAGAGGAGUCAAAUGGAGAAGUAACUUACGAAACUAUCAGCCGGCUCGAAUAUUUAGACGCGGUGAUAAGCGAGGUUCUCAGAUUAUAUCCACCAGUUCCCUUUUUAGAAAGGAAAUGCGAAGGAUCUUAUGAAUUACCACCCACAUUACCGGGCGAGAAAUCUUUCACUAUGAAGAAAGAUAUGCUCUUUUGGAUUCCAGUUUUCGCGAUUCAUCGUGACGAGAAGUACUAUGAUAAUCCGGAAAAAUUUUAUCCAGAAAGAUUUUUAAACAACAGGACGUACCAUAAUUCUUCGUGUUACAUACCAUUCGGAUUAGGACCAAGAAUGUGCAUUGCCAACAGAUUCGCCCUACUAGAAGUCAAAGUUUUACUGUUUCAUUUAUUAGCACGAUGUGAACUGAAACUUUGCGCAAAGACUACAUACCCAAUGAAAUUCAGUAAGAAAGGUCUGGUAAUGAUGCCGGAAAAUGGUUUCUGGCUAAAUAUUCAGCGUCGAACAAAUCCAAUGAUUGACUCCAAAGUUGAUAGCUAAACUUAGAAAACAUUUUAAAUAACAAUAAUGAAGAAUUAUAUUUGCAAUAGAAAUUAUUCAUACAU